AUGAAGGACGGAGGCACAGAGACCAUCCUCAGUCAGGAGGGCACUCAACAAGGCGACACGGCGGGCCCUUUACUCUUCUGCCUGGGCCUCCACCCCGCUCUCGUCAAACUGCAAGAGGAGUUCCCCGACGACUUCGUUAGUGCGUUUAUGGACGACAUCGAUAGUGGAUUGGACGAGACACGUGUGACGGGGUAUGUGGACAGGGCUGAGCAGCUUCUGUCCGAGAAGAAGUUGAGGCUGCGGAGAGACAAGAGUGCUGCAUGGAGCUGCUGCUGGCAACAAGACUCCGACAUCCCGGCGGACAUUGCCGCUUCCGGCGUUGAGUGCUCCACUGAAGGCAUCACUGUCCUCGGCUGCCCGCUUGGCGGCAACUCUUUCAUCCAGCACAGCCUCGAUAAGAUCACCACCAGCCACCAGCCGCUGCUCGAGGCAAUCGUGACUUUUGCCCAGAAGGGACUGCAGGGCUUGGGCCUUCUUCUCCGCUAUUGUGCAUCCCCUCGGCUGAACUAUUGGCUGCGCCUCCUUCCUCCAAAACCCGGCGUCUCCCUGGCAGCCGCCGAGCGACAUGACGCCGCCAUUAUCAUGGCAUUCAGGCGCAUGUUCCGCUUUCCCGGCGACUUCCCCGACUCGGUUUCCGCACAGGUGCAGCUGCCCAUUCGAUUGGGAGGAUUUGGCCUUGUUUCUGCAUCCACGAUUGCCCGUGCAGCUUUUCUGGGCUCGAUCGGUGUGACGGCAUCUGACGUCUCUAGCCGGUUCCGAGGAGCACCAUGGAUGCCUCAAGGUGGGCCUGCUGCUCUUCUGUAUCUACCCUGGCUUCAAGCUGCAGUCCCCGCCCUCGCUGCCAUCUCUGAGAUGGUCGCACCCUCCUUUUCCCUCCCCUCCCUUGAGGACCUUGUCUCGAGGCCGCAGGUCCGACUGCAGCAGCGCCUGACCGAUCAGCUGCACAAGUUCCGCUUCAACGAGCUCUUCAACUCCCUCCCGCCCGACGGCAGAGCCCGCGCCCGUCUCUUGAGCUGCCAAGGGCCUCUCUCGUCCGGUCGGUUGUCUGCAAUCCCUUCCAGUGACACCAAGGUGCUGAACAACUUCCAGUAUCGUCAUGCUGUCGCCGGAUGUCUCGGCAUUGCCCUCCCACACGCAACAGUCUCGCAGCGAUGCAUCUGCGGUGGGGAGGUUGACAAGUUUGGCGGUCACUACUACGUCUGCCACACCGGCCGUGAGCGGGUCACGAGACACAACAAUAUGCGCAACUUGUUUAUUCGCAUCUUUGCUGAGGCAGAUGUGCCCUCCAAUAUGAAGGUACCUCUGCACAGCCUCGGCAUCACCCCGCCCGACGACAACCCCAACAGCCAGCGGAUAGACAUCUACUGUGUGAUCGACGGCAGUGAUUACUUGCUCGAUGUCACCAUCGCCCACCCAUGCCGCCCUGACGAUUCGCCCAUCCCCUUUCACAGGACACUCAAUCGGCGCAGCGCACAACUUCCAGGUGGCAAGACAGCUCAGCUUGCGGAGAAAGACAAGAUCGACAAGUAUGGUCCAAGCGCCUAAGCAGCUGGCUUCUGCUUUGUGCCUCUCGCCGCGGAGACAUUCGGCAGAUGGGGAGAGAAAACGAUGGACUUUCUCAAGAUGCUCGCCAAACGAAAGCCCCGCCCUACCUCCAUCCCCACCGAUGAGAACGCAGCUUUCCGAGAGAGCGUCAUCAACCAUUGGAGCCAGCUCCUGUCCGUCGAGCUGAUGAAGCACAACGCGUUUCAAGUGGCGAGUCGUGCACAACGCGCUGCAGCUGCCAGAGGGCCACAGAGGGCCAGCGCGUUUCCUGAAUACUUCAUCAGCCGCGGGCCGUAUAGGCCACACACCAACCCCGCUUCGGGGCUGUGAGGUGGCUGGCUGGUUCUGGAUGUGGUGUGUAUGUGCGUGUUUCUGUAUGUCUAUUGUGGUGCAUGCCUCGCGCUUGUUUGCAGUGUGCGACAUGCAUUUGUUUGCAGUCAAUGAGCGUUGUUCAUUGGGUUGUGUCCCCCUUUGUUUGUUUGAUACGAAUUGAUGCUUAGACGAACUUCGUCGCCCGUUAUAUGUCUUCACUUAAUAGAGCAUUUAAGGUAUUAGAACGUUUGAGAAGGUAAAUGCAUGAAAUGGCG